AUGGCGUUUACACCUGUGUUGGGAAAUUUUAAACAAGAAGGGCUGAAAAAACAAGUAGUAAAUAAUGUUCUUUGCUUUUCGAGUCAGUACGGAGCUUCGCAAAGUUAUGCAGCAUCGAAUCUGGUUGGAGACAAGUACAAUUACCCAAGUUACGGUGAUUUCACUCAAGCGUUUGUCCUGGUGGGUAAGCUUUUAAGCUUAUAUCUCAUAUUGCAGCUUAACAACCGUACAAAAACACCUCGCUAGAGUGCAAGUGACGCAGUGGUAUCUUGAAAAAAAAGGAAAUAAGCUUUUUGAAUGAUGUAAUCGUGUUGCUUUUCUAGCCCAACUGCGUCUUAGUCUCUCCAGCCGGCUGUUUUUUUGUCCCACGAGUGGGACACACGUUACUUGUAAUCAAAGGGCAAAGCUUUUUUCCAGUCUGGGAUGGUUAUAGAAAAGUUGAGAGCCUGUAGGUACAUAAAGUUUUAGUUUUAAAGUUAAGUUGUGGGUUUCUGUUGACUUUCAACUUGUCAUCUACCUGGUACAUACUGAGGUUCUAUGACCAAUUCUACCAUUCUACUCAACUAAAGUAUCCUAGCCUUGGGAUCAUGGAGUGAGUGUGAAGCUUUGAUCUGGUUUUGAUUCAAACCUUCAUGCUUGGACAAAAUGCACUGUGCAUGAUGCUUUAAAUCUGUUGCCUAUAAAAAGCUAGCUACUUGGCUAAACAGUUAUCUUCCAAGCCUACCGUAAAUGACUUAAUAAAUGUCCAGGGUGUCUAUUAAUUUUAGAGGUCCAAGAGGGGGUGUUUAAUGGAUAUGAGGUGUUUAAAAGAGAGAGGCGUUUAUUCUCAUAAUGGUAACAAGCUCAACAAAACUGAUAUGCUUUCCCCAAAAAUAUCAAGAGAGUUUUGAAAAAGGCUGAAUAUCCACUCUAUCAAUAUAUGUCUACCUUAUUUUAGGAAAUUAAAGAUGCACUUUAUUAACGUGAUUAAGUGCAUCUUAAUUUACAUCAAUGUUAAUUUAAUUCAGACUAUUUUACAUCAUUGUUGUUUUAUAACACCUUUAUUUCAAUAACAAAACCUUGUCUGCUCAUACUUCCUCUAUUAACGCCUCGGAGUCACUAUCUGCCAGUUCUUCAUUAAGAAUUGAAUUCAAAAUGUCUUUCGACUGGUCUUCGUAUUGAUCUGUUUUCCUGAGGCGAUAGCUAACUUCUUCAGUCUUUGUUCUUAAAAUUUCCAUGACCUGUCCAUCCUCCCACUGUAUGGUCACCUUUAUAUUGAGAAGUUUGUAUUGCCAAAAAUUCUCGUAAAAUAAAGUUAGCUACACAUUGUUUUCAAAAUUUUGCGUUAAUGUGAUGUAUGUAAAUCUAACUUUUGGAAAAUUCGCGUUAAUUUUUUGUAACGUAAGUUUUCUUGGCAUUGUCAACUUGCUUUGUUAAUUUCCUAUAAUAAGGUGGUCAGUCUAGAGAUCCACAUCACUCUUUCAAACUUCGAUUUCAAUGUCAGAAUCCUUGCUUAGGGUUGCCAUGGUUACUCUAUCCUUACUUUGAACUUGACAUUGAGCAAGAUGAAAUACACAAAGCCUUGAUGAUCAAGCAAGAGACUGAAAGAAUUGAAUGAUUUUGCCGUGAAAAGGGGUCAUUUAUUAGAUAAGACGGGUUUAUUUGGAAGUGAGGCUUAUUGGGUCAUUUUUGGUAUUCCUAUUUCACUUUUUAAGAACAAGAAAUAGACAUAUGGGAAGUGGCUUAUGGCUACGCAGUCAAAACUAAUUUCAGGUUAAAAUGCAGUGCUGUCACUACUGUCACAAGUUGCCAUGUAUAUGCACUUACAGGCAGAAAGGUACCCUCCCACACAGACGUUCUUAGGGAUUCAUCACACAUUCCUCGCCCAUGUUCGUGGGAGGCUAGCUGAGAGGAGGUUCUUUUGGUUCUAUAUGUUUUCUUUUCUUGUGCCUUAUUGGGUUGUUCCAGAAAAAAUCCACACCCCCCCCGACGGAUGGGAUUCUGGAAAUUCUGGCGGUAGGGGGGGUCGAAGACUCCGGAAAUCCAGGCGGGAGGGGGGGGUUGACCUUAAAAAAGUCUUCUGCAGGGGUCAUUUCGACCGAUAGUUGAUACAAAUCAAACAUUUAGUUCGAUGACACUUAAGCGCUUUCAGACCCUGAAAAUAGUCAAAAUGUUUUGUUCAUAUAUUUCUCACCUGACAUAAAUGAUAAUCUAAGUUGCUUUACAGGUCCUUUUAUAGCAGAAAACGCGAACAAGAUACUAAAGAACGGGCCUGAAGGAACUCGUCGCAACGUUGUUGUCACGAAGAGCGUCAAACGCCUGACACAUUUCUACUCGUACCCAGAGCCCGCGCGCGAAGAGCGUGAAACGCCUGACACAUUUCUACUCGUACCCAGAGCCUGCGCGCCACAGUGUAUAACUUUGAAAUCUCGGUUGUUUGGUGUAAAUAAAAAUAAAAAAAACAACUGAUUCACGUUCACGCAUUCGCACUUUGUAUUUUUUAAGGUUUACUUUUUAAAUUAUCAGCUUAGUUUGCCUCUUUUUCAAAUAUUUAAUCCGGUUUUAAAAUAAUUCGUUGGAUGAACAUGUUAAAAUUUCAUUUCGUGAAUGGGAGCUAUUUCAAGUGCUUUUGUCUUGGCUGCAUUCUCUUCAGCAUGACUGUUGCCUCUCCGAUUUAAACGAAAGCGAAACGACCUUUGUAACUAUGGCGGACUAAGAAAGCUGUUUAUAAUGCAAAUUUGAACUUCCCUUCCAGUGCACAGUAGAACCACAGAUCUUGAAGGUAGGAUGUGCAAAUGAAGUCAUCCAUUCUUUAAGUUAGAAAAUAAUUGUAACGAUUAACAAAUGUAGACAUUCGUUCUUUGAAAGAUUUCGUUGAUUUACAACAGUUACAAAAUCUCGAUCUUCAGUGGACGAGACUGACACGCAUGCUGCCGGCUGCCUUAUGUCUCGUAAAGGAAUGGAUAUUCAUAUUUAGUGCAAAGAAAGAAAAAGGUCACUGAUUUUUAUAAGCUAAGAAAUUAUGUAAACACUCGUUCAGGUGUCGUUCGCAUUUUUGUUUUUUGCUCCUUUCGUUUUUAGUUCCACGCGAUAGAAUUCUUAGUUUAAUAUAAGCUGAAGCUUUAGAAAUUAAAACAAAAACAUUUAGACGUGUUUGCGUGUAUUUUCCAUUAAAAAUAAAUUAAAUUUAAGCCUUUUAUUUUUUCCCGGAAAUCCAGGCGGGAGGGGGGGUCUUCCACCUUGAAAAUCCAGUUGGGAGGGGGGGUCUUGUGCUUCAGGAAAUCCAGGUGAGAGGGGGGGUUAAAAAAGGACCCCAUCCGUCGGGGGGGUGUGGAUUUUUUCUGGAAUAACCCAUUUAACAGUAACCAAGAGUCAUUAUAUGUAUGCUCAUAAUACUGUGCAUUGAGUCUAAGCUGUUUGUUUUUGGUGGAUCUUUUGGCUGGCCAUGUAGUCUUGUAGUCACUUUUACCCCAUUUCUGUAUAGCAUUGUAGCCAUUUAAUCACACAGCCUUGAAGCCAGAUUAUGACUAGGUUUGUUUGGAACAAGAUUUUCAUGGAAAUUUUCAGGUCAAUAUUACAUGGUUUUUUGCCGUUUUCUCCACUGUUCUUGACUGAAUUGUGCUCAUUCUGGUAUGGUUUGAAAGAUCUCUUCACUCUGCACAAGUUAGCGUGAUGACGUCACAAGUGGUAGAAGGGACGUGGAUCCGCACGGGCGGUUACGGGCGGCUCAGGGGUGAAUGGGUUAAGGAGUGACUGAUAGUACAGUUGUAGAUUGAACUACUGGUAUUUUAUUCUAAUCCUAAUAUCCAUUCAAAAUUUUUCAGAGAUCCUAUGGUCCUUGGUGGCACAAAGUCCCAUCAGCUAGAGCACCUGUUAGCAAUACCGGCAGGAAGAAUAAUUUUAUUAGUGAAGAUUUUGUUGGUAAGAAAAGAAAACUAACCAACUCCCAAAAUACUUUAAGUCAGGUUUAUGUAUAUGGCUUACCUGAUAUUACUCAGAAUUGUUAUAUUAUAUGAGCAAAGACAUUAACAUUUUACCACUGAUGAAACAAAGUGAGUAACAUAUUAGUUAUAGAGAAAACAAAGAAUCUUAAAAAGAUGACAAAAUUACACUGUUUAUCCUGGUCUGCAUUUGUACAUAAACUCAAAACUCAUUCUUUCACCAGAGAUUUAAUUUUCACAGAGUACAUUGUACUACUUACAUCCUUGAUUUCAGCUGAUGCAGAACUGCUGUCAGAGUGCUCAAUAGAAGGACUAGAGUGAGAAUACCAGAAGUACAAUGUUUUAUCAACUGAAUCUUCAAAGUCAAAAUAUUUUCAGUUGAUAAAACAUUGUGCUUCUGGUAUUACUUACUUAUAAAAAUGAUAAAAUUGAAAAAUAAGAUAACUUCAAUUUUUGACUUGAAUUUUGUUCUUAGAUAUUCAAUUUAAACACUAUGUGUUUCCCACAAAGAUUGAAAUAUUUGAAACUUACAACCCUGGUGCAGUGGUGCGCAUUUUAGCCCUGCUGAAAGACAAAACAUAUAAUAACAAACAAAGGUUGGUAUAUUGCAGGUAACAUUAAUGCUAUCUGGUUGAUAUUCCAAUGAUCUUCUUUGUUUUGUACCAGUGAAUUAAUGUUAUGUUGUGGUUCAAAGAAAGGAAAUUCAAGUUUGCCUGCCUUUCUUCUGUGUACCCCUUAAAGGUCAUGCAAGUUAGCUUUAAAUUUGACAUUGACGUGCUACAGUAAUACACAUGUACACUCUAAACACACAGACAUGCACCUUUGUGAGGUUGAUUACACUACUAGAGUUUAUGUCCCAUACUCUUUUCGAACAGCAGUGUGGUUUUGUUUGUCCCAUAAGAAUAGUGGAAGAGCUGUGAGACAGGGCCUAUGGUUUUUCAUCCUUAUCUUAGAAGACUAGUUCGAAACAAAGGCAGCACAUUCUCCUCAGUUAAUUUAAUAUUAAAAUAGAGUAAUUUUUAUCUUUAUGUCAACCUUGUUUCAUCAAAAAUCGUUUUGCAGUAUUUUUAUCUUGAGUCACGCAGUUUUGAUACGUUUUAUAGAACAAUUGAGAGUGUCUCGAUCAGUUAUUCUAAAAAUGCAGAUAAAACAUUAUUGGUUUUCAUGGCUGUCUGUUAUACAGUUUCUUUUUUUGUAAUUGCAGAUGGGUAACUCUUUGGGCUGGUAAACCUCAACAGUGUCCACCAAAGGCAAGAAAAUUUUCACCACCCUUAAAGAAAACAAACUAUCCGACCAAGUAAGUGGAGAAAAAUAAAGCAGAAAAUGUUAUACUAGCUGCUUCCACUUCAAUAUCUUUAAUAAUCCUUAUUUAAUCAGUUCCUUAACUCCUUUUUUUUGAGCUAAAUUAACUCUCACCCGUAUCUCAUGGUCUUCAUUAGAUUAAUAGAGCUGGCUCCCAGAGGUGUGAUGAUAAUUAAUAAUGCCCACAGUUCAGCUGCCAUGUGUCAACAAGUGGUUGUGUAUAGAAGGAGACCAUAAUUAUUUCCCAGGUCCCUGCAGGCUGGGAUGUUGGUGUCUGAUGAAGACAGACCCAUUCUCCUUUGUAAAAAUAACAUACAGUUAAAAAAUUAUGUCAGAUUCCGAAGGAAACAGUUUUGUUUUCCCGAAACAUCAGGACUUAACUGGUUUCCCUUCAGACCCGACAUAAAGUGUUUUGUUAUAUUAAGACUUUCACGUCAACAGCAACAAAAGAAUAACCAGAGCAAACCAAAACAGUCGACUCGGUACUUAUGACAACACAAAUUUAAUUCUCAAAACCACUGAAUGAAUGAUUUAAAAGUACUUUACUUAUAUUAUCUGCAUUUUUUCCCUCCACUAGCUGCUGUUUCUGUUCUGGGAUGACUUUAAAAAUCGUUGCUUUUUAGCUUGAGGCUUCGUGUUUGUGUUGUUGUGUUCAUUCACUGAAAAGAAAACUGGGAGUGUUUUUUUACCCUCUGUCAUGCCACUUUCAACCAUGCUUUGAUCACAUGCUUUAAUGUAUAGCCUGAGCGGGGUACAUUGUUUAAUGUAUAACAAUCGGGAUACAUUUGAUUUUAGUUAAGGCCACGUGACCAAGAAUCAACCAAUGUCAGUCCCUGUUUAGUUGAUUGAAAGUCUAGGAAUAUAACAACAUAAUAUGUCCAUGGUUAUCUAUACAGUUAGUAGUUGAUAUUAGUCUCGCUUGACAGCACUUGAGCCUGAGUGCGAGGUAAUUAGCUGACAUCUCUGAUAUCAGUGAGUAGGAUGGAUAGGUUUUGUUUUAUUAAUUAUUGAUUUAACAGAAAUGGACAUAUGUUUAAUGUGGUAGCAGCAGUUGUUAUAACUCUGUAACAGCAAUGUAUAAAUUUACAUGUAGUUUGGUUCCACUACACCAUCUAGUGUAGUAGAUAAUUAACGGUGGCUUACCUUGCCUUACAAAUGUGAUAAUGUUGUCUCUAAUAUGUUUCAGUUUGAUACGCUUGGAAUUUAAUCAACAGCACCUCAAUUACUACACUGAACUUGAUGCUGUCUGUUUGCAUGGAACCCAGGUUCAUGGUGAUUCCCUUGAAAGAUUAAUGAGUGCUUUACAUCUCUCCCCAAAAACACCCAAGAGUCUUCCAAGUCGGCAGCUUUCUCUUACUAAAGAGCAUGAUGUCUUAAAGGAAAAUGGACUCUUUGAUAGUUUACCGGUAGGGAUAUUAUUACUAUCCAGCCUUUGAACAACUGAGGCCUGGUCAUUUAUAUUUUCUACUACAUUGAUAUUGAUGCUUUUGAUCAUCAAUAGAGUGAGUUGAUACAGUACAUCUUCUCUUUUCUGGAGUUAAUAGACCUCAUUAGAGCUGCUGGCACUUGUAGGUAAGAAUGUUUUACCACCUUGUCACCAUAGUGUAACAUACAGUGUAUUUUCAUUUAGAGAAGCAAAGUUCUUUGGGGGUAAACAACACCACAAAGUUUUCAGCUUUUGCAACCCAAUAGCAUCAGUUUUUAUAACAUGUCCUUGAUUUAGUUGAAACAUGUAUUUCCUGCAGGAAAUCCAGUAAAAUAUUGAAUUGUAAUAAUUGACGCUGGUGUUACAGUGGUUUUGGAUGAUAUUAUCCUACUUUAAGUCUUGUAUGUCCUGGGUUAGGGAGUGGUAACAUAACACCUGAAAUGGCAGCCUCAAACUACCCACGAAAAAAAAACAAUCCUUGUAUUUGUGACAUCAGCAGCUUUAAUUUUUAAAGAUAAUUUCUUGCUUGUUCUUUGUUGCAAUGGUGACAGUUGGGAUGUUUCAUUGUUUUAUUUGUAACUUUGUCAUGUGGUUUAAUACUACAGGUUGUUUCUUCAACAUUGCUAUGACCAAGUAUGGUACAAGGAACUGGAUUUGAAGCCUUAUUGGAGCCUGGUAUGUACAAGUUUUUCUCCAAGUUUUAAUGUGGCUAAAUAUCAUUUAGGCAAAGUUAAACUCGAGUGAGUUGGCCAGUGUUCUUCUCCCACUCCAGUACGUGACCUAUGGGGUGGUCCUCAGGGAAUUGCAGGGCUCCUUGUGUGCUCUUUUGCUAGUGUUGUGUUGCAUUGUAGCUUUUCUUGCUGAUUGUAGCACAUCAAUUUUUGCCUUCUUAUGAAUCAUUGCUGAUUCUUGCUCCCUCUCUUCCCUCCCAGCUUGGUGCUUUCAUUAGUAUUUUCUCAGGUAAGUAUUCUCUUAAUUAAGUAUCUCCACUAAAUUUCAUUCAGUUUGAUGGUGCUGGUUAGUGGCUGCUAGGGUUCUCGCUUCCAGGGUUGCUAUGAAUACCUCCUCUCUGCUUAUUGCAUUUGGCCCCCCACUAACCUUUAAGGCACCUGCUCCCAAGCUCAUCAUUAGCGAUGAGUUUAAUUGAAAGAUACAAGAGAGUGAUGUCAGUGAUUUACGUGCAAAUAAUGCAGGAGCUGGCUACUCUAUAAAAAUACUUAUACUGAACAAGAAUUAUCUACAUUCAGUAUAAUGUAACUUUGAGCUCAUUCUAAAUCUAGCAAGUGUGUUUAUCUGCUGGUAAAUCACAAACUAGAAUUCUUCAACCCUUUUAGUAUUUAUACUGUGUCCUCUGCAUUCAACUUUUGACUUUUGUUUUAUCAGUAGUGCGAGUAAUAGUUUUGUAGGCCUGCACUCAGUGACUGAAAUGUUGUGUUCUUUGUAUCAGAUAACAAGUGAAGUCCUUGAUUCUUUACACACUCGUUGUUCAUUAACAGAGAAGCUUGACUUGUCAUGGUCAGAUCCCUAUGAGGCCAUCAGUAGUGACUCAAUUAUCAGGUAAACUUUCCAGGUCUUUUACUUCUCACAUAAUGAUGAGUUAGUUUGAUAACAACGACAAAUAUGAAAUUGCAACUUGGAUGAUGAGCAUUUUUGAAGAGAAUGUCAAGAGAAAUUUAUUUAGACUAUGCCAUGUCAUUUCCUCUACAAAUGGAAGGAUGAUUGUGUUUAGUGCCACAAAGGAAAAAGUAGACUGACUUUGCUUGGGCGAGUCAACGUGACGCAACAUUUUACUGCAGCGAGAGUAAAAAUAAGAGAUAGACAAAAUAAUGGUCUCAGCAUAGCCUGUAAGCAAGCUAUCCAUUUGGGAAUUGCCAGAAGUGAAGGGUCACACACAAACUUCAAGGGUAGCGAGGUGCAUGGACAACCCAUUCAUGUGACCUACGACUGUCUCCCUCAUGACUUCCCAGUAAUGAGUUUGCGUCAGCUUGGGCUCAUCCUCGCCCUCAAAUACUGAGACUCUUUGAGCUGGUUGUUGCCUAGUCAGCAAAAGAUGCUCUUUUACAUAACAGGACCCUUGCUAAAAGGCCUAUCGGAAUACAAGAUUCAAAAGAAAAUAUCAUUUGAUCAUUUUAACAGAUUCCUACAGAACUGUGGAAGUAACCUUGUCUGUCUGAGACUGAGCUGUUGUCAAUACGUGGACAAUGAUGUGAUAAAACAUCUAGGCCAAUAUUGUCCAAACUUAGAAGGUUUGUCAUCUCGCACAAUAUCAAGGAAUCAAAAACACGCCUCCUUUUCUGUUGAUCACACAUCAUUUUGUGUACACACCAUUAUUUGAGACCUUUGCUGAUUGUUGUUUUGAAGAGAUUAGUGAGGACUGGGUUUGUUCUGUCAAGAAUAACUGUCUUGUUUGUUUGUUUGUUUGUUUUUUUUUUAUGGCCAUCUAAUUUAAUGAAUUAGAUCCUGGAGUUGAAAUUCAAUGCCUCAGGUUCUUUAACUGAAAACCAUAAUAAUAUUAUUUAUAUAGAAAUGAUUUGUCAUGUAUAGGUUUAGGGGAGUUUUUAUGGAGACUUAAUUGUUGUAAUAUAAAUAGAAGUUGCCAAAAAGCGAGAAAAUUUCAUACAAACAAACGUGUUUAAGAGUGCGUCUCUGUGAAUCAACCGGUGAUUAUUUUUUGAACACAUUUUCUUCAGCGACUCUCCCAGAGAUGUGUUCCAAAGUUGUUAAUUAUAUCAUCGUGGAAGUACUUGAUAAAACAUUACCUUGGUUUUGGAAAUUAAUUUAUUUCACCGCCUGCUCAUUCUUAUUCCCAAUCCCUUACUCAUUUAAGUAGCCAUUGAAGUCUGCUUUUUAAUCUUAGAUAGAGGACUGCAGGGAUGCCCUGGUCCUCAGUGUAGAUGUAAUACCCUAGCUGUUGUACCUCUUAAUACUUAGUUGCCUCACCCCUUUUUGUUUUAUUAGAACUUGAUCUUCAAUCUUGCAAUUCAAACUCACUGACAAGAGAAGGUUUGCUGAGGCUUCAAGACUUGAAGAAAUUACAAAGAAUAAAUCUGUAUAGAGUCAAGGUCCGAGAUGAUGUAGUGGAACAACUAAUUCAGUAGGUACAAACUGUGUGUACAAUGUAGUAGUCAUCAUACUACAGUAAGGUCUCGUGCAUCAGCCGGUACUGGAUAUACAAGAUGAAACUUGUUGUCUUUAGUGGUCUUACCUGUCUAAAAACCAUUACUUUAGGUCUCAGGGCAGAUCAGCUAUUGGAGUCGCAUAACGUUAAUAGCUUCAGUUUCAGUUUCAGUUUCAGUUUAUUGUUUUGCCAUAAGUUGUACAAAAGCAAGGAAUUUAAUUAUUUAUACUCUCAUGGUGAGGAAGCCCAAGAGAAGCAACAGGCUUAUAAGGAAUAGGCUCCCUCAGUUAAAUGAUAAGAGCAAAAUAUUAUCAUAAUAGUUAGGAUUUAAGUGAAGAAUCACAAGUUUUGAAGCUCUUAACUUGUGGUCAGUUGCCUCUCUUCUAGUGUAUUCGUGUUGUGUUUUUUCAUUAGGGGAGGAGAGUGGCUAGCUGGUGGUCACAUUUUUUCAACCCACAUGUCAUCUACUGUUUUCGUUUUGUAGUUUUUCAUGAGAAUGUUUUAUUGUUUAAAUGUUAUAACCAGUUUCAACUUGUUUCCAUUUUAGUUCUGCAAAGAACCUUCGGCACCUCAACCUUGGUGGCUGUGAUGUUAUAAUGGAAUGUGACCUGUUGAUGCAAUCACUUAGUAUUCACUGUAGGUAAGCAAAAAACACGUAUUACUUUUGUGUUUUGUUUAAUGUGUCAUCAUUUUUCUUGUAUGUAUCACCCAUACUAUCACCAUUAUGAUUCAUCUUAAUCACCAUCAUCAUCAUCACCAACACCAACACCAUCAUCAUCAUCAUCAUCAUCGACAUCAUGAUCAUCAUCCUUGUCACUGUCAGCAUCAUUAUCAUUGUUAUCACUAUCCUAAUCGUUAUUACAAUUUGUAAUUAUUUCUUUGUCAUCACCUCAUUGAAGCAUCACUACUACCAUCAUUAUCAUUUUCAUUAUCAGCAUCGUUAUUAUCAUUGCUACCAUCAGGUUCAACAUCAUCAUCAUCCUGUGUAUCAUCAUCAUUAUCAUUAUUAUUGUCUUUAUCACGGCUGUCAUAUCCAUCAUCAUCAUCAUCACUAUCUCAUCAUUGUAUGCCUUAUCAUUAUCAUUAUCAUUAUAAUCACCGUCCAGAAUAACCUUGAGGGGCAAAGAUUUGCACAAUUGGUUAGCGCGCUCUGUGCCAGAGGUUUCAAGUUCCAUCCCCUGGUGUGAUUUCAAAUCCUUGUUGGGACUUUCCUUUCCCUGUUAAGCAACAUUGACAGAGAAGGGGGGAGGUAAAGUGAACGCACCAUCAGCCUCAGGUUUGUUAGUCAGAUGACUAUUUCGAGCUACUGACAUAAAAUAAGGACUGCAUAGUUUGUUGUUUGUCAUGAUAAAUUUAGAAAUUGUCCACAAAUACUGACUUUCCAUUAAUUUGUUUUUCUGUAUUUAGAGGCCUGGUAUCGCUGGAUUUGUGGCGGAAUAAAGGACUGACUGGCAAAGGAGUUAGGUGUUUAGCUGAUGGCUGCUCUUUACUGGAAGAGCUUGAUAUUGGCUGGUGGUGAGUUAAACUUCUGAACUGCACUUACAUCUUUUACUGAGAUCAUAUGUGCUCCAAGGUGCUAAGUGUUUAAGUAAAUUUGCUUGGUUGAUUGUACAUGUAGAGGGCAUUGGUCGGGGGAGGGGUGGGGGAGGAAAAUUGUUUGCGGAAAGUGGAAGUUUAGGUCUUCUGUGUUAUUUAUUUAUUUAUUUAUAUUUAUCCUGCAUAUUUGCAGUACAAAUGUAACUUCUGCCCCUGAAUGCGUGGUCUAUUUGACAUCCAAAUGCAAAAAACUCAGGAAGCUUUUUCUCACAGCUCUCAGGUAA